CGAGGCCCAUAAAUCACAGGGAAGGGAAGGGAAUUGGGAAUCCAUCCCCAACUUCCCCUUGCUCGAGUCGGGAUUGAUGAUGGAGCCCGUCGGCGGCGGCGGCGAGGAAGAGAAGAAGGAGAAGGAGAAGCUGUGCCGGCGGUGCAAGGCGACGUACGCGCCGUCGUCCAACACGCGGCUCUCCUGCAGGUUCCACCCCUCCUUCUUCGUCUGCCGCCGCCACGACGACCAGAAGAGGUACUACCAGCUCCGCCACGGCGACCCCCCCUACGCCGCCAAGUUCUACGACUGCUGCGGCGCCGAGGACCCCGACGCCGCCGGCUGCACCACCGACUUCCACCUCUCCUACGACGACCCCGACGCCUAGCCCUUCCCUUCCCUUCCCUUUACUACUCCAGUACGUACUGUUUUUCCUUUCUCUGUUCUGGUACUACUACUGUCCAUCAAUAAUAGGGAAAUUUAACUAUUUGCCGUCGUUAAAAACAGCACAUCAUUAGCUUGCAUCCUAAUUUUUUGCCACAAGGAAGAGAAGAUUUGCUAAAUUUUUACCAUCUGUGCACAUGUGGCAGCUGAACAGGAACAGGAGAUGCCACCCUGUAUAGGAGAGGCGAAAUGUCGCUUUUGUCCAUCAUAUAAAAAAAAAGGUAGAAUGAUCUCUACCCAGCCUGAACCUGCUCUAUAUUGUGUUCCAUAAAAUACAAAAAUAUUUUUACAGCAGUAUUUAUCUGACAAAAUGAAUAUAUAUAUGUGUACAGUAGCAACUCUGCAUAUAUAUAUUUAUGUGUAUGACAAACUUUUGAAUUGAGAAAAUUGGGUGAUUGUUAUUUAUUCGUGGAUUAAAGAGUUGCUACUGUACACAUGUAUAUGUUCAUUUUGUCAGAUAAAUACUGCUGUAAAAAUAUUUUUGUAUUUUAUGGAACACAAGAUAGAGCAGGUUCAGUUUGGGUAGGGAUCGUUCUACCUUUUCUUUCACAGGAUGGACAAAAGCGACAUUUCGCCUCUCCUAUCCAGCGUGGUAUCUCCUGUUCCUGUUCAUCUGCCACAUGUGCACAGAUGGUAAAAAAUUAGCAAAUCUUCUCUUCCUUGUGGCAAAAAAUUAGGAUGCAAGCUAACGAUGGCAUCACAGGAGUAGCUGUUUUCAACUAUCGCAAAUAGUUAAAUUUCACUCAAUAAUAGGAGUACAAAUAAUCAGCAAUAAGACCGUCCGUCAAUAAACUGAUUACUACUA